AUGCCUCCUUCGGUAUCGGGCAGUCGACUGGCUGCAUCUUCGGUCGUACUUGCUGGCAUUGUCUGCGAAACAUCUGGAAAUGUACCCAAUCGACUGUCCGAUACUGAAUGUAUGCUUCCGUUGUUAGCUAAACAGCAGAAAAUGUUCUGGACUCAGGCUCUUUCAGUUUCGAAUCGCGAAGAGGUCAGCUUUCUUUCGACCACAUCUUCAAAGCAUCACCAGAUUUGUGCUAGUCCCUUCUUUCAUGGAAUAUGCAUUUGGUCAAAGACGAUUUUGAAG